GGGUGAUGGUGAGAAAAUUACAGAAACAUAUAUACAUAUAUACGUACAGCUGUUGAGCGGUGGGGCUUUGAGGUGGGGGUGGUGGGGUCAAAGUUAUCCCCACGAGACUUGUUUCCAAACUCUCCCGCCUUCCCUCUUCUUGAAAUUCUUAGACCUAUUUUCCAAAUUGCACGAGACCCACCUCGCCAUUUCUUUCCUUUUUGUUUUUUACAGUCUUGGACUUCGGAGAGAAGAGGACCAAAUUCACCUCCAAAGAGUAGAGAGAGAGAGAGAGAGAGAUAGUGGUGGCAUGCGGUGGAGCUGCCUCUCUGGAAAUGGACACCCCAGAGAGAAACCAGAUCGGCACCCCCAAGGCCAAAUUUGAGGAUUCUCCUGUGUUUAACUAUAUCAAUAGUCUUUCUCCUAUCAAGCCUGUGAAGUCUGUUCACAUUACUCAGACGUUCAGCUCACUCAGUUUCGCAUCCCUCCCUUCCGUCUUCACUUCGCCCCAUGUCAGCUCUCACAAGGAAUCCAGGUUCCUAAGGAGGCAUAACCCUUCUGAUCCGUCAAAACCCGAGUCCUCUCUUGAAAGCGGAAAUAAAGUCUCUGCGAAUGAAGAUGCGGCUGAACUCUGUAUUAACUCAGCAGAGUUACAUGAGGAUUGUGUUCCAGGGGAUUCUAUUGGAGAAGCUUCUGUUGAGCCAUCUAGUGAGCUCUCAAAGUUUGUAAUUGAGCUGCCGCGAAAUUUGAAAUAUGACUCUGGUAGCCCUGAGUGUGGAGCAACAACUCGUUGUGGUACUGAGGCAGGUUGUGAGUCGGAAGUGGCUGACUUGUCAGCUCCACUCGUUCCAUAUGUUCAAAAGACCUCUGAAAAUUGUUCUUCCGAUGAUGGAGCACAUCUACAGAACAUAUGCCAGAGUGAGCAAAGAAACGAAUUGACAGGCUGUGAUUGGGAGAGUUUGAUCUCUGAUGCUAGCGACCUAUUAAUUUUCAAUUCCCCCAAUGGCUCAGAGGCUUUUAGGGGGAUAAUGCAGAAUCCUCUGGACUCCGUAACAAGAUUUUGUAAUUCUCUAAUGCCGCGACUCUCACAGAAUGAAAUUAAUGAUGAGCAAAACGUGCUAGUCCUUGAUACAGUUGUUUCCAGAGAACAGCCUGAAACUGAAGAUCCUUCAUCUCAAUAUGGAGAAGCUAGUCAGCCGGAAGACACAGAACUGAUGCAGGACCAUUUGAAUAAUUGUAUGGUUAGCAGUCAAAUCGAGAAAGAAAAUAAUAAAGUGGAAGCACCCAUGCAGUUCAAUUGUAAGCCUGGUUUAAAUUUGCAUCGUGGUUUGCGAAGGCGCUGUCUAGAUUUUGAGAUGGUGGGAGCGCGUAGGAAGAGUUUAGACAAUGUUCCAAGUUCUAGUUCUUCUAUGUUAUCUCAAUCUGAUGAAAAAAUCACCACAAAUGAUAAGCAACUUGUUCCGAUGAAACCUGGUGGUGAAUCUGCACGGUGCAUCGUACCUGGAAUUGGUUUGCACUUAAAUGCUCUUGCAACAACCUCAAAAGAUUACAAAACCAUUAAGCGUGAAAUCUUGGCCUAUGGUAGACAACUAAGUUUGCCCAACCUCACUGCCCCUGCUAAUUCCCCCACAGCCGGUCAAGGACCUGGUCAUGAAUCUUUCUCUUCGGCUUCUUCUGAAAGGGACAUGGAUGGCGCCGAAAAUGGGGUUCAGCUGCUGCAAGAUGCUUCCCAAGAACCUGCAUUUUUAGCUAAUGAAGAGUUUAACCAGAAUAGCCCGAAAAAGAAGAGGCCCAAGUUCGAACAAGCUGGAGAAGCCGAGUCUUCUUGCAAACGUUGCAACUGUAAAAAGUCAAAGUGUCUGAAACUUUACUGUGAAUGCUUUGCUGCUGGUGUCUACUGCAUAGAGCCAUGUUCAUGUCAAGAAUGCUUCAACAAGCCUAUUCAUGAAGAUACUGUUCUUGCAACUCGUAAACAGAUUGAGUCUCGCAACCCACUUGCUUUUGCUCCAAAAGUGAUUAGGAACGCUGAUCCUGUUCCUGAAUAUGGGGAGGAGUCCAGCAAGACCCCAGCUUCUGCACGACAUAAAAGAGGAUGCAACUGCAAGAAAUCAAGUUGCCUGAAAAAAUACUGUGAAUGCUAUCAGGGCGGUGUUGGAUGCUCCAUUAGCUGCAGAUGUGAAGGCUGUAAAAAUACAUUUGGUAGAAAGGAUGGGUCUUUUAUGGGAACAGAAACUGAGGCAGAUGAAGAAGAAGCAGAAGCAUGCGGAAAGAGUGCGGCUGAAAAUUAUCAACAGAAAAAUGAAAUUCAGGAAAAUGAAGAGCAGCGCCAGGAUUCUGCUCUUCCCACAACGCCGUUACGGCUUUCCAGACAAUUGGUCUCGCUGCCGUUUUCAUCAAAGAACAAACCCCCGCGAUCUUCUGUUUUUAGCAUUGGAUCCUCUUCUGGAUUGUAUACAAGCCAGAAACUUGGGAUUCUGCGCCCUGAAACCAAGUUUGAGAGACACAUCCAAACAGUUCCAGAGGAUGAAAUGCCAGAGAUUCUUCAAGGAGAUGGGUCACCCAGCACUGGCAUCAAGACUGCUUCUCCGAAUGGUAAGAGGGUGUGUCCUCCUAACAGAGAAUUCGCGCCAUCACCUGGUCGAAGGGCCGGUAGGAAACUAAUUUUGCAGUCCAUCCCUUCGUUUCCUUCCCUCACUCCCCAGAAUUGAGAAGGUCGGAAAUUCGCGAAGCUAGAAAAAAAAAAAAAAUCUUUUAGUAUACCUUGUACUCAAAGGUACUAAGUUUAGCUCUGUAUGCUGUUUGAGUUGGUUUUUGAUUUUUUUUCUCUGUAGCUGUAUAAUAAUAAUAUGGUAUCCCUGCUUUCAUAAUACCAACUCUUCGUUGUAUAUAUGGAAUUUCAUUCUCUAGUGUUUUCU